AGUUUUUCUGUGACAGUCCCAACUUCAAAAAAUAUCAACGGAGGUGUUCGUGGUGCGUGAAAAAUACCAAUUUUCUAUUGCAAAUUACACCCCGCAGUAGUAAAACAGCAGAUAAAAUAGUUCUUUGGAUCUCUGUGCAGCGAAUGGUGGUGUUUUCUCGUGAUUUAAAGGAGUUCUGUGCGUGAUAUAGCGGGGGUGUUUGUGGAACACAUUUUUUUGUUUUGUCAAAAGCAAGCCAUUUUUGCCAGGCCGAUGUUAUAAAACUCACGCAGCUAUAUCGCUUUUUUGGGGGGUGAAAACACACGCAUUUGUACCAUGAAUAUCGAUAACGCCAAAGAGAACAUCCUACCGCUGGCCAGUGGUCGCAACAUCUCACUCCUGGAGGUGGCCCUCAGUGCGGAGACGCAUCAGGAUGCACACAGGGAAUUGCUGCAGAAGAGAGAAGAGUUCGAGCGUCGGAUUGCAGAGUACUGCGGGGACGAUCCGCUGGAGCUGUGGUAUGACUACAUCCUGUGGAUUGAGCAGUGCUACCCAAAGAGUGGGAAGCAGAGCGCCUUUGAUGACAUCCUGACCAGGUGCAUCACUACCCUUGAAAACGACGAGAGGUACCGCCAAGAUCGACGGAUGGUUAAGAUUUACAUUAAAUUCAUUGAUUCCCAGCAAAACCCCCACGAGGUCUUCAAUACGCUGUACAAUCAGGGAAUUGGCACAAUGAUUGCGGAUUUGUACAUUUGCUGGGCGUACUACUUUGAGAUCCUCGAGAAUUUCGAUCGUGCCGAGAAGGUGUACCGGAUGGGCUUUGAUGCAAGAGCACAGCCAAUGGAGGAGCUGCAGCAAGCACACAAUCAAUUUCUCUUGUCCGUGGGACAGAGAACUCUCUAUCGGGACGAGAAAAUGCGCCAGACGUUCUUCUCCACAAUGGAGGAGCGCCGGAGUGCCUUGACAUCGUUGCGUGGGCACCACAGUCAUCGGAUUGGAAGUAUUCGGACAGGGGGCGUGGUGAGAGAUCUCAAUCCGGGACGUGUGGAACAGGGUGAUGCUGCUCGGAGUACCCAUCAUGUGGCAUCAACGGGGAUUCCCAUCUUUGUCGAUGGUGCUCCCGAGGAGAGCAUCAAUGGUCCACACGUGGCGGGUUCAUCAUCAGGUAUCCAGAGUAUUGUGAGCAGUGCGACAAAGCAGGAGAAUCAAUGGGAACCAGGACCGUGGUCAAAGGCCAAGAAGCGCACCCAGAGUACGGCACUCUUCCCAUCGACAUCGCGGAGUACGCAAAAGUUGGAAUUUGAAAUAAUGGAAGAUUCUGAGGAAUGGGAUGGAAAUGUGAGGCUGCCCGUGAACUUUGUAAGGCGCAAUAAUCCUCAACCUGAAUGGAAUGUCAUCGUGGCUCUUCAUGAGGAUCUCCCAGGUGGGUUUAUACCGCAAUACGACAAAAUUUUGUGCUACCCGAAGGGGCAGAAUGUUGUGUUGUCUCCGGAAGAAUUGCGCGCAUACAAUUGGUUUAAGCGCCGCGGUAAACGAGUACGUGUGACGGAGGAAUUGGAGGAAUUUGUGGAAAACUAUGCGGGCAAGGGAAUACGGCUUCCGGAUAAUUUUCAGGCAAGGAAUGAAAAACAAGAUGCCUUUGCUGUGGAUAAAUGCAAAUUGGAUUUGCUAUCAAAUCAGAAACUCAUGUGUUGCAUAGAGGCUAUGAAUUUGCUCAAUGACAAGGAAGAGAUGAGCUUUGAGGAGCUCCGUAGGGGUAAAAGAUCUCAGCAAGUAGCUAAGCAGCCGGUAAAUAGUAAUGAAUUCUGCGUGCCGCAACCACCACCACCACCUCAGGUUAUCAAUAUGAACGAAACAUGCUCCACGCAGACAUUUAAUUUCUUCAUUAAACCUCAUUCUAUAAGUACCCCGAAGCAAGAUCUCAAGAAACCCAUUGCAACACCACGAUCCAGUAUGCCAUUGGGGCAACUUCAGCCACCUGAAGCGUCGGAAGUGAAGCAAGAGGUACCACAGGCGGAAGGGGAUGACUCUCCGGGGACAGGGACAAAGCAGUUAUCGACAAUUUGGGAGGUAACUGAGCCCAGCACAACACAAAGUUCAAGUAGUACCAACACCAAGUCAUCCACAUCAUCGGCCGAUAGUCCGGACAAUGUGCCGCCGCUCAUGGGGCAAAAGGGAAUACUUCGAAAGAGUCAAGGAGUUGCUCACAUUGUUACACCACCAACAAAUCAAGAUCACAAUCACGGACAGUUGGGGAAUAAUUCGAUAAAAAGCUUCAGGGAUGAUGUGCACAGCUUCGGCAAUUAUGCUAUCUAUGAGGACCCCACGGAGAGCUUUAUUGCACCGCCGAAGAAGCAAUUACCCACAGAUGAUGCCUACUACAGUGAAUUCUUGGAAUCACCCGCGAGCAAAAAGAAGAAGUUUGAAAAUAAGGUUUCCCCACUGAGACCCAAUGAUUCCUUCACAUUUCCAAGUAUGCAGGAAUUGCCGGUUCCCAGUGUGACUUCGACAAUCUUUGCGAGGCAUGAAGCAAGUGGGGCUGAAUCAUCGAAAUGUGCUGGUGCUGGAGCGAAUAGAGAAAUAAGACUUGUGAGUGGAAAUGGUAGUGGAUUGCAUGGCCACACAUUUGGGGAACUGCCAAAGUUGACGCAUUCACAGAAUGGGCAGCCAAUGAGGAAGGUAGCACCAAUGAAUUCAUUUAGGGCACAGAAAACAACAACAAGUGAGGUGGUUGAGGAUGAUGAUGAUGAUGACGUGGUGAUUGUUCCCAUGAAUUCAUACAACAACGCUACUACGUACUCCUCACCGAGGUCCUCCAAUUUCUCACCAUCAGUGCCAAAAGUACCAAAAAUUACGAAUGCGAGGGAACAGCAACAGCAGCAGCAUGUGAAGCACAAUCUGUCCAUCAUAAAGGAGGUGUCAACACCCAUGGCAAAUACCUCAUUUACAUUCCCGCCGAAUAAUUUGAACGAUGCGUCGGUGCGGACAUUUGCCCGUGUCGAUGGGGUACGGAGGGAGGCAACGAAUGCGGAUCUCGAUGGGUCACACACAGUGCCGUACGUGGAGAAUGUGUGGGCCAAAGAGUGGAGUUUGCGGAAGGAUGGGGAAGAACGGAAGUCACAUAUUGUUAGUCAUGUGAGUGAGAAUGAUCCACUGAGGAUGACAAUUUCAAUGCGUGAUGGGAAUCGUACAUCGCCUGGUAAUAAUUCUCUCUACGUAACGCAAAGUCCACAGCCAAAUCGCUCGGUGGUGAAGGUACCACGACAGGAAUUCCCAUCGCCCUCGUCCAAUGGCUCUGAUUCCGGUGGGGGUCAGAGUAUCUACGUAAUGGGGAAUAAUUCUGUCAAUGGCACAAUAACACUCGAGGAGGAUUGGAGUGAGGAUGACAAUCAACCCCUGUGCUCGUACCAACGCAAGGAGGUGGAUAUGAAUGAGACACAGCAAGUGAUUGAUCACAAUUUUGGGCUUGAAAUGAUGAAUCCAUUCAAUCCGAAACUCAUAAAUGCCUUCCUCGAGAAGGCGGACUUUAUGAAUUUUCUCGAAUCCCUCGAAACGUGCACCCUCACUAAUAUUGUAAAAAUGAUAAAACCCAAUACGGAGCUAGAGAUGAAUGGAAGGAUUUUUGAUGUUGGAAAACUUCUUGGAGCGGGUACUUUUGGGAAAGUCUAUCAUGCGAAAUGUCGCACGACAGGAGAGUCCUACGCACUGAAACAGGAACGUCCAGCCAAUUUGUGGGAGUAUUACAUUGUUUUGGAGCUUAAAUUCCGGCUGAAUGAAAUUAAUCCAUCAUUGAUGUCUGCAUUUGUGGAUGUUGAAUUGGCAAUGAUUGGGAACAAUGCAAGUAUCCUGGCACUGCCUUUCUGUCGCUAUGGGACAUUGCUGAACGUUUGCAAUGUCCACAAAUCCUCAACGGAGAAGAAUCUUCAUGAGCUUAUUGUGAUUAUGCUGGCAACACAAAUUCUCUCAAUCAUUGAUCACUUACAUGCGUGCAAUAUCAUUCAUGCUGACAUCAAGCCAGAUAACUUUAUGCUGACAUCCAAAUUAAACUACGACUCUCACUAUUCAGCACUGAAACUAAUUGAUUUUGGCCAAUCCAUCGACAUGAAGCUCUUUCCGGAAAAGACAACUUUCAAGUAUGUUGUAAAGACAGAGGGAUUUACGUGUACGGAAAUGUUGGAUAACAAACCAUGGACAUACCAGACGGAUCUCUUUGGUAUUGCGGCCACAAUUCACGUACUCCUCUUCGGGAAGUAUAUGAAUGUAACGAAAAAUUUCACCGGAUGGGUGAUGACGACAAAAUUACCAAGAUAUUUCCAAAAGGUAAUGUGGGAGAGGAUAUUUUCCCAAUUGCUUAACAUACGGGAUUGCCAGUCGAUGCCCAAUCUUCAAGAUAUGCGAUCAAUGCUGAAGGAGGAGCUGGCAAUGAAGGAGUCACUGGUUAGAGAUCAAAUUAUUAAAUUCAAUUCUGUCCUAGAUAAUUACAAACCUUGAUUGUGAAUAUUAAGUUUUAUUUAACAAAAAAAAAAGAAAAGAAUUAUAUUAUAAAUACAACAAAAAGAGAGAGAGAGAAAAAGGAAUUUUAUGAAAAUGUGAAUUGUAUCCUGUAGAAUAUUUUUUCUUUUAAAAAAAAUCUUUCGUGAGAAGACCACUAUUCCAUUUUUUUGUGACAAGGGGGUGUGAGGUGCAGAAUAUUGUAUCAGGAACGAGGGAGGAGGGAAUUAGAAGAGAUGAUGUAGGGAAAAUUGCAGGAAAAACAAGUUGAGAGAAAACGAUAUUUUUAAAAAAAAAAUCACGAGCAAGUUUUGGAACCGUUUAGAAAAAGGAGGUUAAUAUGAAAUUUUAAAAAAAAUGUAAUAAAAAUUAUAGGAAGUGAAACGAA